UCGUGAUCCUUGAAUAUUUGUUGUGCUUUACCGAAGAAUGUCAGGGAAAACAAAUACGGAACCAGAGGGAGUAGUCUCCAAAGUUAAAGUAAAACGACAGAUCAAGACAAUCGUGGAAGAUCUAGAAACCAUCCUUGGAGACUUAAAGGAUGUAGCAAAAGAACUCAAAGAGGUAGUCCAUGAGAUAGACACCCUUACCUCUGACUUGCAGCUGGAGGAGGAGAUGACUGAUAGCUCAAAGACAGAUACCUUAAACAGCAGUUCCAGCAGCACCACGACCACCACCACAGCCUCCAGCAUAGAGAAGAUGAAACACCACUCCGAAGAGGCCACCCUUCGACCGCCCUUGGUCAGCCCCGCCAUCCUGACUGUGAUGAAGAAGGCACACCCUCCUCUGCCUCCUCCUCGUCUAACCCCUAUCAGGACUGAGGACCGCGGGCCGAGCGCUCUGUCAGGGAAUCCGGUCAACGGGACUCUGUUUCGGAAUGGAGUCUUCCCGACAAAACCGAUAAAUGUGCCAAACAGGGACCUGUGCUGUGUUCCCAAAAACAUUCCGGAGCGAGGGACCACACCUCCGCCCCUGCUGCGGCACGAGAAGAACAGGUGUCCCCAGGCCACCCGGGAGCGGGUCCGCUUCAGCGAGAAAGUCCAGUACCACGGGUACUGCCCGGACUGCGAUCUGCAAUACGACAUCAACAACACAGAUGUGCACCUGCACUCCGAACUGAUAGACAUGAAACUGAGCCCCACCCACUACUGCUCCUCCCCACCGCGGGGCAUGCCCCUGUUGGAAAAUGGGGGUAUAAGUGCCAGUCAUAGUUUCCCCCCUACAAACCCACCUUGUGUGCCUCAUCCCCUCGCCCCCAAACCACAGAAGACGAUUCUCCGAAAGUCCACCACCACGACCGUUUGAUGUAAAUCAUCCCCUCAACUCAAACAUUUUCAAAUUAUUAAUAGUUUUUUGGUAAUAUUUUUAUAAGCACCUUCUAGUUUCUACUCUAGAAAAAAAGAGAAUUUAUGGAUUAUCUAAAAUAUAAAGGGAAAGGCCGCCGUUAAAACAGAAACAAACAAGGAAAAAGGAAAUGGUCUUUGUGGAUAGCAGUGGAAACGGCAUUCACAGACAGUAAACUCUGACUCAACUUUAUGUUCCAUCACACGGUGAUGUAAACAUACGGCGAUCCACGUUCAAUAGAAAUCCCUCAGAGCCACCACCAUCAAAUAAUUCACCACCGCGGACUGUGAAGCCCUGGUUCCGAAGGCAGAGUCUUGCACACAGAUGGAAGCGAAAAUUUGAACGCUAAAGUAAAUGAAACACCCCUACAAACCGGGCAAAUUCAUUUACAAUCAAAAUCACAAUUAUGUUUUUAAUCAUAAGCUGGGAAAACUUCAGCCGCCCCAAGCAUACCCAAGAAUCUCCCAGAGCAAGC